GAUGGCAAGAAAAAAAAAAAAUCAACCCAAAAAGUCAAGAGUAGGAGACAACAUCCAAUCAAUAAACUUUUCAAUGUUCUCAUCAUGAGUUUACCAUGUUCUGAUCUCUGUAAAAUGUAGCUUAUUAUAUAAAUCAAUGAUAUGUCAUGCACAAAAGCACUCUUGCUUUUCUUUCCUCCUUGCUCGCACUCUCCUCUUUCUUUCUAGCAAGGAAAGGGGAAUACGGAAGAGAAGGUGAAUUAAUGGAAUUCCUUAUUGAAGAUCCUUUUGCCGGUCACCAAGAAUCUCAAGAUGAAUGUCAAGAUGAUCCGAUGCAAAAUACGAUCGCCGCUCCUCAAGCUGAUUUUUCAGGGGCUGAGUUCCUAAGCCCACAAGAGUUUUACCAGCCACAGCCAGUGGAGGAAAUGGUUGCAGGAGAUUUGCAGUCCCAACAGCCACCACCACAACAACCACUACAGACACAGCCAGUACUAGUGGAGGCAACGGUUGCAGGAGAUCCACAGUUCCAACAGCCACCACCAAACCCUCCUCGACCUGUUCAGUUCCCAACUUCAAGCUCUCAAAUGAUAGGAGCCCAGUCUGUGCAAUACCCUCCACAGAGCAUGCAAGCUAUUCCUUCUAAACCUGCGCAGUUUCCACCCCAAAACCCACAAAUUAAUCUUGCAUACCCGAGUGGGUUGAGGCACCAGCCUGUUCCUUACCCACCUCAAAGUCCACAAGUCUCUCAAGCCCAACAACAUCCUGGGACAUACCAUCGGCCGCCCAAUAUGCCUCCCAACCUCCCCAGUAGUGUUGUACAACCAACCUUUCAUCAACAUUCCACCCCAACACAGCCACCGGAAACACAAUUUCCUCAAAAGGAUGGUGCACAAGGGGCUUAUGUGGGCAAGACCAUCCCACCUUUACCUUACCAACCUCCUGUUGGUACCACGUCUGGGAUUCGGACGCCGGCCCCACGUGCAGAGGGUUGGAGAACUGGCUUGUUUAAUUGCCUGGAAGAUCCAAUGAAUGCUCUAGUAACGGCCUUCUUCCCUUGCUUGACGUUUGGCCAGAUCGUGGAAAUUGUAGACGGCGGUCAUACUUGUAAUAUAUUGUCGUGCACAUAUCGCACCAAACUUAGGAACAUGUUUUCACUUGCUGAGUCCCCAGCACCAGAUUGGGUUAAGCAUUGCUUUUGUGAGCGUUGCGCUCUUUGUCAAGAAUACAGGGAGCUCCGACAAAGAGGUUGGGAUCCAGCGAUUGGUUGGCAUGGAAACCUAAACCAGCAAGCUGCCAUGACGCCGCCAAUGAAUCAAACAAUGACGGCUUGAUUAUGAGGAAAUUAUCAAUUCCCAUAUGUGCUCUGCCUAUAAUAUUUUCUUGAUACAUUUGAUGAUGGUUAUGUAAAAGGGAGUAAUUCUCUUCUUUUUUUUAAAUCUCUUUUCAUCCAACUUAAAGUUAGAAUUUAAAAUUUUUAACUUGAAAUUUUAGAUUUUUAAUUAGUUAAACUAUUCUUUAGAGUUAAUCUACUUAUAAUAUAUUUUUGUGCUAUUU